UUAAUGUGGAGAGAGGGGAGAAAAGGGGGCGCCGGGAAGUGUUUAUUUUGUCCGGCUGCUUUUUUGCGGCGGGUUUGAAAGAGGACUCGGGUAAAAAAAAAAAGACACAAAGUGGUGGCGGGGGGUGGGGGGGGAGGAGAAGAAAAGGAGAGGUGAAAAAAAAAAAAAAAAAAAAGAGGCAGAGGGAAGAAGCCGGAGGAAAAGCGAGAAGACUUCGGAGCGGCGGUGCCGGGAGGUGCGGGUGCGGGGCAGUGCGGGGCUGCCGGCGGGGCCUCCCGCGGGUGCGCGGUGGCCGGAGCGGGGCGCGGAGCGGCGCGGAGGGGCCGCGGGUGCCGACCAUGGGCUGGCGGCUGCUGCCCGCCCUCCUCCUCCUGGCCCUGGCGCUGGGCGGCCCCGCGGCGAGGGCGCAGAACGACACGGAGCCCAUCGUCCUGGAGGGCAAGUGCCUGGUGGUCUGCGACUCCAACCCGGCCACCGACGCCAAGGGCUCGUCCUCCUCCCCGCUCGGCAUCUCCGUGCGGGCGGCCAACUCCAAGGUCGCCUUCUCGGCCGUGAGGAGCACCAACCACGAGCCCUCCGAGAUGAGCAACAAGACGCGCAUCAUUUACUUCGACCAGAUCCUAGUAAAUGUGGGCAAUUUUUUCACAUUGGAGUCUGUCUUUGUAGCACCAAGAAAAGGAAUUUACAGUUUCAGUUUUCACGUAAUAAAAGUCUAUCAGAGUCAAACAAUACAGGUUAAUUUGAUGCUAAACGGAAAGCCAGUCAUUUCUGCUUUUGCCGGGGACAAGGACGUCACACGUGAAGCUGCCACUAAUGGAGUCCUGCUCUAUCUAGACAAGGAGGAUAAGGUUUACCUGAAAUUGGAGAAAGGUAAUCUGGUCGGUGGAUGGCAGUAUUCUACGUUUUCUGGCUUUCUGGUCUUUCCCCUGUAAAGUCAAUUUUCCUGUGACAUUCAUCCAGGUGUGGACUCAUCAUUGCCCCUGUUACAUGAAGAUCAUUUUCUCAUCAUGGGAUUGAUGUUUCUUUAUUGUUUUUUCAUGGGUGAAUAUGGAUUCUCUUAAUGGAUUUUGGCCCCAUCUGAACUACUCAGAAGUUUCACAGAAUUUCGUGUGUUUAAAUACAGUAUAUUUGGAUUGAAACUAAAGCAGACGAUAAAUAUCUAUGCUUAAUGUUACAGUCUAAAGCUGCCUGCAAGAUUUAUUCAGAUUUCAUUUACUGGACUUAUUGGAUUCAUGAGAGAAGUGGAUUUUCUUUAAUUACAAAAAGACUGGCAACCAGGUCUAUAAUUUAGGAGAGUUUGAGUUCAGACUUCAAUCAAGAGUUAGUGUGUUGCUGCCAAAGAACUGUAUAUUGAUAUAUUGGUCAUACAUGUUUUUGUCACUGGGACUUAACUGACAUGAUUUAUUCCAUUGUCUUGAGAAAGGUAAUUAUUAUUGAUACGUGAUUGACUUUAAUUCUCCUCUGCGUGUAGUCUGUUGGAUGGCUCACCCAUAUAUCUAUGCUCUGUCACCGGUCACAAUCAUGUCUAGCUCACAUAAAGCUAAGAGGUUAUGAUUGUAUUUUAGUUGUGUAUGUAAGGUAUUCCUCUUUUCCACAUGGUGUUUUCCAAAAAGAAGAGCAGAUUAUUAUAAUCAUUAAGAAAAAUACUCUUAACCAGGGUUAAAGGUGAUCAUUCAGGCACAACUUUGCAAAACAGCUUUGCCCUUCAGGAAAUCUCACACUUAUUAAUCUCACAAUUUUAAUUAAUGUGAUUGAUAAUAACUGCUUUAUUAAAAAUCUAAGGGAUUCCUUCCUUAGACACAGCCACUUUAUUAGCUGGAGAUGAGAUCCCCCUCUUUAUAAUUAUGUCUAUUUUUCAAACCUUCUGUUGUGUUAAAGGUAUCAUCUAGUUUUGCCUUAACUCCACAACUGUAUAUAAUUUUAGAUCAUAUGUUUAACAAAUAUUAAAUCCAAAUAGCCUGUACCUAACUUGGUGCAAUAUCUUUUUGGCUUUUUGUACAGGUCAUAUGAACUCAUAAACUUAUUUAUUAUGUCAUUGUUACAUAAUAAAGAUUAAUAUAUGUUAGCUGAAUUUUUGACCUUUGGAUUCUGGAAGUCACUUCAUGCUAUUUUUUAUUGGAUAUAAUUAUUAUAUGCAAAGUGGAAGCCUUUAGGAUUCACAGAAACUGUCGUUGGAGGCAGGCAAGCUGUCACAGUUUAGUCUGGCAGAAUCCUACAGAUGAUCAGAAUGAUCUAGAAGUAACCUAUGCAUUUUACUUGAAAGUAUUUAGGCAGAGAUACUGGCUUCACAGAAUUUAGUGUUAAGAAUCACAUUGAUUCCAAAGGAUUUUGGACGAGAGCUGUGCUUUAGGUUUUGCCAUCAGCAUUACAGUCCAGUGCAAUGAAAUCGAAUACCAAUUGAAAAUGAUUUUCACAUGAACUGCUAAUGAAACCUCCCUUCCCCAUGUCCAAAAGUACACAGUGAAUUCAAUGGACAUUUGUGCCUUGCAUAUCAUGAAGGGUAUGGUUCUAAUUUAAAACACACCAUGUAGUUGAGAAAACAUCUGGAUGCAAGGAUAUCCAGGAAUCUAGGACCUUUUCUAAAAUCCAAGCUUUGGCUUGAACUGUUGUAUUAGUUGUUUCCAAUUUCUUUGCUUGUUAGCUAAGUGCAGUAUAUUGCAUUGCUCUAACUGUUGUAAAUGGUUAUUUCACAGAUAUAAAGUCUAAUCGUGGCUGAUGGUUUAUUAUAAAAUUUUAGAGGAUCACUGGCACAGAAUAAUGCCCAAAUUCCUUAUUUUCCUGGAUCCAAAGUACAGGGUGGUUUUUAUUCUUAUUUAUUUAUUUAUUUAAAUUUCAGGAAGAUAGGUGGGUACGUUCACACUCCUACAGGAUAAGUCAGAUGAGGGGAAGGUCAUUUGAUAGACACAGUAUAGUUUCUGCACAUAACACUGAAGUUUGAGAGAACUUGGAAAGAUCUGCCAAGAAGGCAAAUGAUUUACUUCUUAAAAAACAUAAAAAAUGUUCGUUAUGAUUAAUCAAAGUAUAUCACCACUACACCAAACAAAUGUGUAUAUAUACAUAUAUAUAUCUGUUAAAAAAACUUGGAUUGCAGCACAUAAUAUGCAUGAUACUAUGAAAAAUAUAUUUGCCAUAGAGUUGAUUCAAGGGGGGAACAUCAGUAUUUUGUAUAAAAUCAGUAAAAUCUGAAAGCUCACUUUACCCAUUGGUAUAUAUGUAAUGUAAAGGAAAUAUUGUUCCUGCACAGAUGGAAGAAAAAUGAUAUUAAAGGUGUCAGUAUAUGUUCUGGAAUGAUCAAAUGUAUCUAACUCCUUUAGUUUGUAAACAUCUGAUCUCUAAAAGCUGCCUUUAGCAUUCAGCAAUAAUACUCAACUAUCUUAAUAUACUGUUGAUUUCCCCUUGGCAAAACAUUUCUGAUUGCUUGAGUCAUUAGCAGUUAUUUACUUUAACAAGACAGUCUAGGAAGUUAUUCAAUUAAAGAGAUAUAUUUUGAUGGAAAUGUCCUAAAUUUUUCUGCUCAGCCUCUAAUACUGGAAUUCCUAGCUAAUUAUUUUGGUAGUGAAGGGAACAAAAAGUGUCAGGGAAGUCACUGAGAAGCAUCUCGUGUCACCUGUGCACAGCGCUGAGAGCUGAGGUGGCCUCUGGAGGUGGACAAGUGCACGCCAGUUGUCUCGGCUCACUUUUAAACAUUUCAACAAGGACAAACUCUGGCUUUUAGGUUACAGUUUGAGCUAUCUCCCGGACCCUGAGCUCGUUUUCACUGCAUUGUCCCACACUUCAGUUGCUUCCGUAGGAGUUUCUCCCAGAAGAGGAGCAUAGCUCACCAAGCCCAGGAGGAGCUGGGUUUGGAAAUUACAAUUUUUUCCUUUCUUUCCUCAUUUCUUUUUCCUUUGUCUUCCUGUGUUAAUGCUACAGCAGCCAGCUUUGUAGCUGAUAUAGAAGGCUGAGUGUGCAAGAAAUUCUGGCCAUGUGUGGUUAUCAGUGUUAUAUUGUUAUCAGUGGUCUCUUUACAAAUGAGAUCAGCAUUUUUACUUUUUUAUCUGUAUUUUAGUUAUACUUUAUCCAUGUUUUAUUAUAAAACUGAGAAAAUAAAAAGGACUACUUUGUCAUGCUUAGGUGAUGUUUUUUAGCAGAGCUAGGUAUCUGGGAGAGCCAGGAAUGCCCCGAUCUCCUAAAUUCAUCCUGUAUAGAAAACAGCUCUUGUCUUUGAAUCCUAUUUGCCAGGAUGAGUUGAGGAUGUAUGUGCCAACUGGUUGUGGAGCCAAAACCAAUACUGUUUAAAAGAACCUGGGUAACAGAAGGCACUGAGGUAGCUUUGAAAAUUUCACAAGCACUUUUCUCUUUAUAAAGAAAGGAAAAGCUAACUUUGAAGUAUGGCGAAGGAAAAUGCAACAUUAUUUUUAUUUUUAUUUUAUUAUUAUUAUUAGGCAAUAAUUUGUAUUUGUUUUGCAUUAUGCCAUUUUCUAGUAGUAUCGGGAUAUUUUCUGAGUGUCUAUUAAACCACCUUCCCCAGGCCAUGGCAGAAGUAUUGUGACCUCAGUGUCACUACUGAGAAACAGGAGAUUGGUUUGGAAAUCAACUAGUGCCGCAUCCAGAUUGUAAACACACCCAGUGCUCUUGCUUGCUCCCAUUCAACCUGUGGGACUGCUCCUUUUUCUGACAGAAGGCAUUUUUUUUGAAAGGAGGUUUUGGAAUGAAUAGCAUAUUGUUAUAUUUCCUCUUACCUGUUAUCUGGAUCUCUAUUUCUAGGAAGACGAAUGCAGCAAACUGGGCAGUUUUAAGUGUCCUGAGGAACUCGAUAUUAAUUAUUAACUCUGUUUUUUAAAAGUUAUUUUUAUUUUUAUAUUUUCCAGUCCCACAGAAGAACACAGCUGCAGAAUGCGUAGUAUUUUUACAAGCAUAAUUUAGAAUAGAAAAGAUAAAUGCAAGAAGCAGUGUAUCAUAAUCACAAGACGGAAGCUGAACCAUUAACAUGAAAUAUGGUCUGAGGCAGAGAAGCAGAUAUAUUCCCUCCUCCUUUCAUAAGGGUUUCUGAGUUGGUUACAGGCUUUACCUUAGCAAUUCAUAACAGUUGCCCUUCAUGUUGUAAGAGCUCUUUAUAAUAUUAAAACUCUUUGUCUUCUAAGGACAACAUUAACCAAAUGACUCAAUGUAAACAAAUGAAGAUCCCCAGAGAAUGAGUUUAGUGGUUGGCACGUGCCACAACACCAUAUAUUUGUACUAUUGUUAUCCAGAUGGAAAAGGCUCCUUUGAGAAAACACAUUGUUAGACUCUUAGACACUGAGCUAAAGUUAUGCAUCUGUUGCUGGUUAGCAAAGGGAUGGGGUGGAGGGAAACCUUUCCUACCCUAGAGCACUAAGGGGAAUGCAUACAAAGGAUAAUGAUAAAAUCAGUCACCGUUAUGUAAGUGAUGGAUGAAUAAUGGAAAUGUGGCUUCAAUAGUCUGGUUAGUGAAAGCUGUGAUCUAAGGCAUUUGAUGGAAACAAUCACUAUUUUAAUCUUCACAGUCUGGGGAAGGGAAAAAGCCAGUUGCAUCUUGUUUAACAGGUUCUUCUCCCCCUUUUUCUUUAUGCCUUGUGGUUCAGCUUGGCU